AUGGACGCUGCUCUACUAAUCGCAGUAAACGUAACAUACUCUUGGCUGCAGAUACCGGAGCACGGUGGUCGAGCCGUCGCUCAGCGUCCCGAUACGCAACUGGAAUACGACAUCGACGCUGUCAACGAAAUCAUUGCAAAGCGUCUACCUAUCCCAGUCCGCGACUUUGCUUUCGAUCUCGGUCUCAUCCGUUCCUUCGAUGUCAACAAGCCUGGUGCUGAGGUCCACGAACUCUAA